CAGGCGACGCAGUCAGCGCGGGAGAAGCGCGGGCGCGAGAGGGCGAAAAUCGGCGGCGUCUCGAAGCCCCUUUUUUUGAACGGACGGGGGGGAAAAAAAAACCAGGAGCCGCUUAUCAUAUUUUUUUUAUAUCUAAAAAAAAAAUUGUAUUGUUAUUUAGACGAUGACGACGAGGGUCGGUCCCGAAAAAAAAAUAAAAAUUUUUGAAAGAAAAAUAAAAUAAAAGAACCCAAUAAGUCGGGAGCCGAAGGAAGCCGAGAAAUCAAAGAUGGCGGCGGGCGUCAGAGAGGGAAGAACAUGGACUGCACGAAGCGGCGGCGGCGGCAACGGCAGCGGCGGCCCUCCCUCCUAACACAGCCAUCGCCGUGACCUCCGGGCGGACAUGUCGAGAGUUCGAAGCAUCGCUUGGACUCUUAUCAUCAGUCAAUAUUAUUAUUAUUAUCAAAACAGCUUCCCAACUAAAUGUCCCAUAGCAUGAAGGUCUUAGACAAGCUGUGGUAAACUGUAUUAUUCAAACAUUUCUCAAUGGAUAUAAAUAAAUAUCGAGACUCUUUGUUUCAAAAGUAUGUACAAUUUUGUGAAUCAAAAUUGAGUGAAGGGGAAAAAGACGUUGAUGAUGAUUGUCUUAAGAGAGCAGCUACAAGCCUGCUUAAUUUAUAUUGCCUGGAACCCAGUGAAAGAUUCAAGAUGAUUAGGUUUUAUGAUGUGGUGGAGAACUCAUUGAAGAUGAAGAAAACAUCAAGUUUAAGUGUGCUUCGUAAUGCCUUUGGAACUCUGGAGACAUUCUGUAUUAACUUAUUUCUAUAUCCCUGGAAAAAAGAAUUUAAAACAAUAAAGACUUUCACAGGUCAUUUUGUCUACUAUGUCCAAUCUGCAAUGUGUGAGGAUAACAUUUGGAAUAUUCUUCAUCAUGUGGGAUAUUGUCUAGAAAAGGAAACCUAUGAACUGAAAGACACAGUAAACACUAACCGUGUAAAAUUUAUUUCUUUUGAGCUCUUCUUGGCUAGAAUUGAAUGUGAGAAUUUACUUGAAAUAUUUACACAAGUAAAAGAUAAAGGUUAUAUAGAAUGUAAUGUUGUAGCAGAACGGAAAAAUGGCACGGAAGGUGUGAAGGGAUGCAUUGACUCAAUGAAAAGUCGAAGAUGGAUGCCCGAAAGUUUGUACACAUCAGUGCCUCGACUGGAUUUCCAGAGGUCAGAGAGUGAGCGAUUGUCUAACAAUUUAGUGAAGCGAUUGAUGAACAAACCAUCAGCUUCUGUAGAUAUUUAUGAAAAUCAUUUGGAGAAGCCCUUAAAUAAAUCUCACUUGACAGCCUUAAGUCAUAAGAAAGAUCUAAUUUAUACGCCUUCUGUUGAAGAAUUGACUGAAGAGAUUUUUCGUCCCACGCUAUCUCUUCUCACUAUGUCAGUCUCUCCUCGUGGAGGGUCAGACGAAUACAUGCAGUCUUCAAAUGAGGGUUGGCGAGUGCAAACCAAUCCCAAUACUUUACAUGCACUGGAUGAUGACCUGGACCUUUAUACAGCUGAAGAACCUGGAAGCACUUUACUGCCAAGAUGGACAGAAACAAAUAGUCUAGGAAUGAGAUUAACAAAAAAUAACGAUCUGAAAGGUUUAUACCAUGAGGCCCCAUACCAUACCAAAGAAAAUGUAUCCAGCGCAGUUGCAUUGGGGAAGUGCCAAAUCUGUGGAAUAUCCAGUGGUACCUCAGUUUGCCAAAAAUGUAACAAAGUUCUUUGUAAUCUGUGUUAUCAACAAGAAUCCGGAGAGUCUAAACUUUACUCUUGCAGGCACGAGUAUCCAAGAUCAAUGGGACACCGUAGCUUAUUGCGCACACCUUCUGUUCAAAAUGAUGAUCUCUCCUUGAGGUCUGCUGUAAAGGAGAAAUGUACACAUCCUACAUCUACACAAUGUCAGGAACGCUUGCCCAUUUCCAAAUCCGCCAGCUUAUUACGUUGUGGAUUUUGUGAUAAACAUGGCGCAAGCUUAACCUGCAUGAACUGUUCUAAGGUCUCAUGUGAAGUUUGCUGGACUGUUUAUGAUCAGGAUGUGUGCAGGAAGAAUAAGACACACAAUUUCCUUCCACACAAUAAGCUUGGGUAUAAAAUUUGGUAAUGCGUACGCUGUGUAUAAAUAAAAUUUACAACUUGAAAUAACAAUGCAUAUAUAUCAGCUCUAAAAAAAAACUUAACAUUUAGAAAAUGGGCACAUUAUAGAACUUUAAAAAAAAGUGCUGUUGAAAUAAUGCACCUUGUGAUCUCUAAUGCAUUGUGUAUUUUCAAGUCUUUGACCUCUGGGAAAAGCCAUUGACUAAAGUAUAUACUUGACACUUUAAGGUAUUCAUUUUGCUGCUACAUUUUUCAGGGGCUGAUAUAUGUACAUUAAAAGCUGCUUUAAACUUAAAAAAAACUUUUACUAGCAACGAGACAAAUGAUUUGGAAACUGGCAAAUAUUUUGUAAAAAAAAAAGUGACUAGAAAACUGUUUGGCGUAGCUCAUGUUGUAAGUUCAAUGUAAAACCCUGAUGUUUAUAUGUAAAAGCCUGGUUAUUGAUGUUCUGUUUUUCUUUCUUGCCUUUUUCUAAUGUAAAUUGUGUUUUCAUAAUUAUUUUGUACUUACAAUAGAUUGGCAAGUGUGGUUUUCCGAUUGAACCCGAUCCCAUUCUGUCUUACGUUGUCUUAAUGUAGGGAUGUGUUGUCGGCUUGUUUUUCUUUGAGAACUUAAAUACUUUUGAUUGCUUGUGUGAAUAAAACUGCACUUGAGAACGCUACAUUUGUUGCAGUAGUUUCUUUGUCUAGAGAUGAUGCUUAAAUUAACUGAUUUUCUUCUUACUAUUUUAUAUAUUGCUUCCUCACGUUGAUAUGUUCACUCAAGAUAAGUAAACACAAGAUGAUAUGCAUUUUGAUUUUGCACAAUUUGUAACUAAGGUCAAACCUGUUUUCAACAACCACUAGGAACUAGUCCAAAGUUUCCUUUUUGUAAGGGUGGCCUUUGAAUAAGGGUUUGUUGGUUCAUUGACCAGGCUUGAAAAUGGUAUUAAAAAUUUCCAUGGACCUGCAUGUAAACUCCCACUAGAUUCUUGGCUCAUUUAUCAAUGGUGAGGUGGGAAGCUGCGGAUAUUAUAUGGGCUGCUCCGGGCUGCGUUGGUAAAUGCGCUAGGAGUCUAGCAGGAGUCUACAUGGGCCUGUGGUGGAAAUAGGUAACGCAUUAGCUGUAAGUGCACUCACUUAGCUGAACAGGUGUGCGUACACUGAGAGGGUUUUUAAAAAAAGUGGCUACCGGUGGGGUUAAACAGGUUACUGAACAGUGGUGAUCUGUUAUGGAAAAUUAUUAUUGUAUUAUUAAAAUUGGGACUGUUCCAGGAUGGUUUUUCAUCGCAGGUGGUCGCUGAAUAGAGGCGGUUGGUUGCACUAACAGGUUUGACUACAUAAAUUGUUUCUAGAAAGGCUAAUCAAUAACACGUAUACUUUAAUAAAGUACUGUAAUAUCUUAGAUUGAUUGUGUAAGGAAAACACGUUAUGAGUGUAGACGACAGAUGGCGCUAUAGUCCUGUAUUUCUUUUGGAAGUUGGAUGAAUAAUCUAUUUUAAAUGCAGGUGUUUUCUGUUUCAAUGAGAAAAAUAGUUUUUCCCUUCUGGUUAAUUAUUAAAUGUUUCUGUUGCA